CGAAAACGUCGCCUAGGCAACCGCAAACCCUUGAAUAAUCGGCAAUGAAGCCUGACGCAGGGGAAGGCACGACACUUCAGUGGAACGCCCACUUCCUGUGAGUUAUGUUUGCAUACUUCGUGUGUGUGUCUGUGUGUGACACACCGUGGUUUGGGAAUGGCCCGUUGUUUUAGCCGUGUAUCGUUGCCGUGAGUCAGACAACCUCAGCGUUUCCUCUACAAACGAUAGGAUACUGUCUCUGUUCUACCACGUGAGCGCGGGAACUAACGCCCGGUGCCCUCUGGUGUGUGUCACUUGCGGACAACGGUCCUUUUUCUAUUCCCGUUCCCUUUGGACCAAGGCGUCUUGGGAAGACAACUCGCUCGGAUUUUGUUAGAACUUGACCUCUGCCCAGAAGUAACGAACCAGACGGUCUCCUUUUCUAGCGGAGCCCCAACUAGAACUACCCAACGCAUCGCUAAGCCGACACGCUAUACCGGCGGACGGCAUUCUUCCAACAAAGGAGCUAUUGAUCGUUUGCUCGAGCUUGCACUCCACUCUUUUGACUUGCAGAGCGGCACAUCCCCGGGUUUUUGCAGCACGACCUUGCACUCACAUUUCCAUCCUAAGGACAAAAGAAGGAAGCCAAGAUGUCGCUGAGACGCUGGGACCGAAUACUUGUGUUAGGAACUCUUCUCCUCUGCCUACAGCACUCCGCCUCACAAACCACCACUACUACCCAAGGCACCAAUGGCACAGCAGUGACGACAAAUAGCGUCUCCAUGGUAACGACCACACCCGCCACACCACUCAACACGGCAAUGCAGGCCUCCUCGUCUUCUCCAAUGACAGGUAACGUGACGUCAUCAGGAAGUGAUGCAACAGUUGGCAGUAUGACGCAAGACAUGACCAAUACAACAAAUGAGAUGACAUCACCAAAGGGCCCUGACGUCACGACAGCUGUCAUGACAACAUCACCGCUCGUGACCACCACCAUACUACUGACAGACGCAGGGCCUACUCAAGCCACGGGUACUAUAUCACAGAAUUCAAACACAACAGAGAACGUUUCUAUGGCAACAGUCACGGACACUCAGACCGACCACACAACAGUACUUUCAACCACGAUAGCUUCGACUACCAUGGCAACAGCAUUGGUGACCGCAGCAGACAGCACGACACCAACGUCCAAUGUCUCUGAAAGCAUGCUAACCACUGUGAACGAGACUGGUAUCAUGGCAACCACUGUCCCCAUGGUAACGUCAACUAGUCCCGUCAACAUGACACAGUCAUUGGCAGUCCACGAAAAUAUGACCUCAACAGAAAUGAUGUCGUCUACCGCACAACCUACAACCACUACAGGUGCAUCAUCAACUACAGAGAACCGAGCCACGGAUAUGAUGACGACCAAAGUGAUGACGACGACGCAAGCCUCUAAUAAUACAGGC